ACUGUCAUAUGUUUGAGUUUUUGGUAUUAUUGUAAACAAAUUUCUGUAAACAAACAAAAGGCAGACACACCUUUUUAAAUAUACCAAAUUGAGAUACUGGCUGAAAGCGCAAGAAAUUUGAAUUCAAAUAAUAUCAUACUGUGCGCACACCGAAUACCUGCAUUGUGUUUAGUAUAUUUGAAUUGCGGCCAUCCUAAAAAUACCAACCAUGUGAACUUGCCGGGGAACAUUGGACCUGCACCUCCCUCCUUCUCAAUCGUUCUUUUUGGCACGCGACAUGGAUGGCAUUAACAAGUACAAUGAAUUUGUGGCUCUGCACAAGCCACAACUGGAAUCAUCGGCGGUUCCAGUGCAUCUCUGGCCAGCGCUUUAUCGCAAAUUGAGCACGGAUUGCUUUGAUGCCGGGGAGGCGCUGCAACUGCUGUUAAUCGAUUACGACGAUGACGACGAAGAGAUGGAAACUGAUCCCGAUGAUGACAGCAGUGCGCGGCCUGUUUUUGCCCUGGAAGUGGCACGGGAGCAAGGCAUCAAGGCAAGUGAUCCACAGGCUAUUUAUUUAAUAGAUCAUGCCUGGACAUUUCGCCUGAAUAGUGCACGACAGCAGCUGGAGCAAUAUCCGCAGCUGGCGGAUCGUUUGUCCGCCAUCACAGGCGUGGAUCUCGAGCAUGAGCAGCGCAUUGACAAGAUACUGCGGCGUCUGUGGAAGUACUGUCAUGCCUACUCGCUGUCCAGUGAUGGCCUUUCUGAUGAGGAGCGUAUGCCCAUCUGGUAUGUGAUGGAUGAAGUUGGUUCCGCGGUCAAUCAUUCGGAUACACCAAGUUUCCGCUUAGUACCACUGCUGCAUCUGAGCACACAGACCACGUACAGCUUGCUGUUUCCCAUACGGGAUUGCGAGCAAGGCAGUGGAGUGACACGCGACUUUGUGGAAUAUGUGUCCAAGGAUGCGCCACAGCGUUCGGCGCUCUUGCUGCCCUGGAGCGAGACUGAUCUGAGCACGGAGAGCUUUUUGCAAGUGGAACCUAGUGCUGAUUACUUUGCCAGCGGUCACAUUCCCGAAACGUAUCCAACGGCAGAUCAACCAACAGUCGAGGAGACCCCUGUUCGAUGUGAUCCCCUCAAGGUGUAUGCCGAGUACGAUGUCGUGUGUGCACAUCUAUCAGCACCCGAAUUUGUGCUCGUGGACAACAAAGAGGAGGCGGAUGUGCUGUGGCUCACCACACACUACAAGAACUUUGCGGAACUCGCUGUUGAGACGCCACACAAAUACAUCAAUCAGUUCCCCUUCGAAUAUGUCAUCACCAUAAAAGAUCUGCUGAGCAUUGUGGGUCGUCGUGCAGCGCCCGAACAUCACAAUGCCGCAACGUUGGAAACGUAUCCGGCUUGGUUGCCCACCACUUACAAUCUGUCGACGGAGCUGCGUCAAUUUGUCGCCUACUAUCAACAGCGUGCCGCCAAGGGAUUGGACAAUCAUUGGAUCAUCAAACCCUGGAACUUGGCACGCGGUCUAGACACACACAUCACAGACAAUAUCAAGCAAAUUGUUCGCUUGCCCGCAACGGGACCGAAGAUUGCCCAAAAGUACAUCGAACAUCCGGUGUUGUUUCAUCGCGAUGAACUUAAGGCUCAGGUGAAGUUCGAUGUACGCUAUGUGAUCCUCUUGAAGAGUGUGAAGCCACUCCAGGCGUAUGUGCAUCGCAAAUUCUUCUUGCGCUUCGCCAAUCGUCCAUAUUCGCUGGAUCACUUUGAUGACUAUGAGAAGCAUUACACGGUGAUGAAUUAUCAGGAGCAGGCGCAACUACAUCACAUCAAGUGCGAUGAUUUCCUAGAGCUAUGGCAACAGCAGUAUCCCAAACACAAUUGGUCUGCUGUCGAGCAACAAAUCUGCAGCAUGCUGUACGAGGUGUUGCAGUGUGCCAGCAAGGCGGCGCCUCCUUGUGGCCUGGCACCUUGUGCCCAAUCUCGUGCACUUUACGCCGCAGACAUUAUGCUGGACUGGACGGGCGAGGAGAAGCAGAAGAGCAUGCAGCCAAAGUUGUUGGAGAUUAACUGGACACCGGAUUGCAAACGUGCUUGUGACUAUUACCCAGAGUUCUUUAACGACAUCUUUAAGCUGCUCUUCCUUGACGAACAGAACAGCGAGAGCUUCCGUCUGCUGACCGCAGAUGGACAAUAAAUAAUUGACUUAACCAUCACAGAACACAUCGCAUACGUCUUUUAAAUGUUACAAGUUUCAUUCACAUACAUCAUUAAAAAUUCGUUUAUCGUUUAUGCUUAACAAUUACAAA